AUGGAGCGUAAAUUGCAAUGGCGCAGAGCGUUCUUAGCGACCUUAUUCGCAACGGCCAUAGCCUUCGCAUCUGCCCUUAAAGGCAAUGGAGAGUUCAAGCCAAACCAACCGGGCGCUUUACCAACGAUCCUGAUCAUUGGAACAGCAAAAGGCGGCACGACGGACCUCUUCAAACAGUUGACGGAUGAAUCAGUCAACAAGGCCCCCGGCCGAGUGGAGCCACCGUUUCCUGUGGACUCGGCAAAAGAGCCCGCGAUGCUGGGCCGCGGCGGCGUCAUCGGCUCAUGGUUGCUGCCGCAGCGAGCGCUGUACUUUGAAUAUCUGCAGCAGCUGAACCACCCGUGCAGCAACACCACCACCGAAACUCUCCGAGAAUGUCUCGCCACCCGGGGCCUCCAACAACUCACCCUGGACGCCACCCCUGAUUACUCCUUCUCCGUCAUGGCGCCAAUCUACCUGAGACUCCUGAGCCCACUGUCUAAGGUCGUCAUGAUGAUGCGAGAGCCGGUGGAGCGCGUCGAAGUGCUGUACCGCCAUUACGUACUGACCAAGGGCCAGUGGUUGGACCACACCGUCGACACGCUCGCCUCCAACUUCUUCCUGGCGAUCAGCAAAGACCCAGUCGUGUCGACGGCCCUGGAGCGACUGGCAGACUGCCCCCCAACAGACCUGUUGUGUUUGGUCAACAACUGGCGCGACCUGUGGGUCCGACCCAUCAUGGACAGCAUGGAUUACGUGUUGUUCAUUAGCGGGCUGUACAACUAUAUGAUGGCCCCGUGGCGCUACCACUACUUCCAACCCGGGAGGGCGAUGGUGAUUGAUUCUCAAGCCUACUACGAGCGGCGAGUGGAGGUUAUGGAGGAGGUCAUCCGCUUUAUGUACGGCCGGCCGAUGUCAGCUGAGGAGCGAACGCUUGCCGCUUCCGAGGUGGUGUGGCGUAAGGUCGGAAUGCCGUCUCUGCCCGGUUUGAAGCUGUCACCCCCCGUUAAGGACCAGCUCACUGAGUUUUACGACAAGCACGUGAUGAAGGGUUUCUACGGAAUGCUGGCCGGCAUGCGAGCGGAGGGCGUCUGGGUUGUUGGCUUUGAUCAAGAGCCUUGGAACAAUUGCCCUGGCUUUGCCGAGUUCAACAACAGCUGA